AUGAUCGAGACUGACCGAGGCGCUGUUAGUCAAUCGAUGGUCGCACAACAAUUGCUUGCGACUCUGCCCACUAUUUUUGGGCCGAUACAUUUUCGGCAUGAAACACACGACGGCACCCGUUUCUACGUUUGUCGGCACUGCUCCCAUCGUUGCGAGUAUUUCCAUUCAGCGUCGUCUCACUAUUAUAACGUCCAUUGCACACUUCCGCCAUUGAAAUGCUCGUCGUGCCCACGACGAUUUAAGCGACCAGAGCAACGGGAACGUCACGAGGUGCGUGAGCAUCGCCGGCAAGCGCAAGUUCGUCGAUGCGACCAGUGUGACAUGAGCUUCGAUUCCGUUGCCCAAUGGCACGACCACUUCAAACACGGACAUCGGAUAGUCAAUAGUGGUAAUAGUGGUACCGGAGGAAACACAUUCCGAGGCGUAGGCUUCUCAUUGGAUUCUUUGCAUGCUAAUAUAUUGGACCUUCCACCGGACAGUGCCGACAUCGAGCUUGGCCUACCGCCUGACCAGGUGUUCAACGUCCAUCUGCAUUGCAAGGGCGGCGUACGGAACAUGGAGGGGGCGUUUUGCUGCAGUUUCUGUCUUUAUCAGGGCAAGACCGCUGGCCAAAUGAAGAAGCACUUUUAUCAUCGGCACGCGUCCGUCAAGCCACUUCAGUGCUCAUAUUGCCCUCGGCGAUUCGUUCGAUCCGAACACCUUAAGCGACAUGAACGGUCACGGCACACCAAGGAGAAACCGUACAGCUGUGUACUCUGCGGGCGGAUGUUCGCAAGCAAUGCAGUAUUGUACCAACACCAAGUGGCUAAACACGGUCGGCUUACGAGAAACGUUCAGCGUAUUGAUACUAGCCAUCACCUACAUUUAAGUACGCACAUGAGUUGGGGCAGUGCCGAUUUACGGGAAAGUCACGAAUCAAUCGUUGCAAUUGAGCAGGAACGUAAUCCUUAG